AACGCUCUAAACACUAGGCUACCUGCUGCCCCUUUAGAUUGUGUGGUAAGUAUUUUCUGUCUUCUGAAUAUGGAUUCAUCCUAAUCCAAUGGGAUUACUGAAUUUUAACUGUCUUUCCCCAUGUUGAUCAUUAUUAAAGUUCACAGACAAAACAAUUUGAUAAUUAAAGAGGCAAUAUGUAACUUUUUGGGUGACCUGACUAAAUUUACAUAAAUGUGAGCUAUAGAUUUAUCAUUCUACUUGAAAGUGAAACGAUUUCGGCAUAGUGCAGUUUUAAGAGAUUAAUUUGGAUUUUGUAGCUAUGCUUAAAGAUACCCAAGAUAAUAGAUGCUGGUGGGAGGAGCUAUAACACAGACUGAUUGUAAUGGCUCAAAUGGAAUUCUUGGAACUGAGUCAAAUGUGGUUUCCAUAUGUUUGUUUUUGAUAACUUUCUAAUUAUUCCAUUCCAGCAAUUACAAUGAGCCUAUUCUCCUAUCAAAUUGUAUUAGUCACAUACACGUGUUUAGCAAAUGUUGUUGGGGAUGUAGCGAAAUGCUUGUGUUUCUAGCCUCAACAGGGCAGUAAUAUCUAUAACUAUGUCCUAUAGUUUUUUGAAUGAGAAGGUAUAUGAAAAUACUUAUAUAUUCUUGAUUUGAUAGCACGUAUUGUUGAGCACAGUGAUCUUGCUCAGCUCAAAGUAACACGUUUAGUGUUCCUCUGCUCUGCUGAAUGCUCUUGCCUGCAAUGCUAUCCUUCAGUUUCCCUCCAACACAUUGGGUGGCAGCAUUGUUGGUGUUUCAGGUUAAUUCAAAAUGGCUGCGCCCUGAGCAUUAGGUAAAGUGUGAAGGUGUCUGCUUUGGGCAUUGAAUAACGGAAAGACGGACAGAUAGACGGCGUUCCAUACAGAACGGGAUGUCCAAGAUGUCUCCAAGGGCGUGAAGAAGGUGGACAUGGGGGGGGGGGGGCUUGAUCCAGGCUAUCAUGAGGUUAGGACAGACGACUCCCGGACCUCCUCUGGGUCCUGUCCUGGGACAGGCUAUGAGACAGCCGGAAUGGUGUCUGUGGAGGGCUGUGUAUGAGAUCGCUCAGUUCAAGGCCCAGGAUGAGGCCUUCAAGAUGCAGAAUGCUUCCUUAGAGACGGUCGUCAAGAGCAUCAUCGGUUCGGCUCGCUCGUUGAGCAUUGAUAUCGUCAACGAUUUAUCGGCAGAGGAUUAUAACACUUUCCUGGAGGAGAAGGAGCGGUUGAGAUCUGAGGCCGAAGCAGUCAGUGAAGAAGAAAUGAGGACCCCCUCCCAGCCACCCCAUAUCCUACAUAUGCAUUUAUACUGACCCUGUACUGUACACAUACCACUCACAUCACACAUUCUGUCAAUGUCAUUUACAGUAGCUCUGUAUUUCUUAGCAAAAUAAACUUGUAUGAUUUUAAGUGUAGUUGAGUGUGUUUUACGCCAAUUUUCUCUCAAGGAGAUUCAUGUUUUCUUUAGAGUUUAUUAAAUACAAACGAUGUGCAGAAGAUGAUUUAAGGAAUGUAUCUCAUCUCUCAAUAUUGGCAUCAAACCAAGCUGUAUUAAAGGAAUUUGUUAUACAAA